ACAGUGUUAGGUAGAACGUGAAUUGCAAUGUCAGGCCGGGGAAAGCAGGGAGGCAAAGCGAGGGCUAAGGCAAAGUCUCGCUCCUCGCGGGCUGGGCUGCAGUUCCCGGUGGGGCGUGUGCACCGGCUGCUCCGCAAAGGUAAUUACGCUGAGCGGGUCGGGGCUGGAGCUCCGGUCUAUAUGGCCGCGGUGCUGGAGUAUCUGACUGCUGAGAUUCUGGAACUGGCUGGCAAUGCUGCUCGGGACAACAAGAAAACCAGGAUCAUCCCCCGUCACCUGCAGCUCGCCAUCCGUAACGACGAGGAGCUCAACAAGCUCCUGGGGAAAGUGACGAUCGCUCAGGGGGGUGUCCUGCCCAACAUCCAGGCCGUGCUGCUACCCAAGAAAACGGAGAGCCACAAGGCCAAGAGCAAGUAAAGCCGACUGAGGAAUAAACACUUCAACUUUAAAACUAACCUAACGGCUCUUUUCAGAGCCACCCACAAAGUCAAAAAAGGGUUUGAUUAUCUCCAAAAGUUCCGGUAGGAAUCGUGUAUACGCCAAACAGUGAAAUCCCCCUCUUAUAAAAAUCAACGUAACAAAAAUCAAUCAAACAAACAAAAAUAACUGACAUCAGCGGGAACAGGAUUUCCUCAUUUUUCCUAGCGCUGGAUUAAAUUGGGCAAAAUGUAUAAAUUACAUUCCGUUCACACACGCACUUAAACGUAUCUUACUGCGAGUGGGAUAACUGUCUGAAGAUGACAUGGGAAAUUUGAGAUUUAAUACGUAAUGAUCAUUUCCCCACUACAUAACUUGCAAUAGGAAGUCAGUAUUUACAGUUCUCAAGCCUCUCAUCCAACCUUCUCCUUUACAGGUUAUUUGUUGUCAGAUGUCCGAGAAUAGAGGUCUCCGAAUGGGUAACGAAUGUUUGGCAGUGUAUUGGAAAAUCCCGGGCACGUAGUUUUGUACUGAACGAGUAGUCAAAACCACCCCGCAUUCCUCCGACCGAGCA